AUGGAAUCCCCUCGACGGCUACUGAGCCCGGGCAGCCGUAGCGCCCCCGUGGCAGUGCGCGAGGGCAGGCCUUCUUCUUUGCACUAUGCCGCUGCGCUCCAGUCAGUCAAGCUGCAAGAUCUACUCCCUCAGGCCCGCCGACGGCGGCGAAAAUUCGCUGCCAUAGAGGUGGUCGAUCCGGAGGAGUUCGAUCCGGCCCUCGGCUUCUGGCGAAGCGCUCGCCUUUUGGAGUAUCAGAUCCCUGAAUCUUCUCUCCAAGAUGAGCCUGCGGACUAUUUCAUUUCACACGUCUGGCAGCCAUGGGAUCAGGCACAAAACCGAGAUCACUGGGCGGAAGAGAAGGUCGCCCUGCUCAAGCUUUGGGCCACGACACGCAAGGCAAUGGGCGACGACAGGAAUGGUGCGACGCCCUGGUUCCUUCUGGAAAGUGACCAGGAGCGGCGCGAGGCGCUCUUAGAUCCUGCCCGAGCUUGGCACGGCAUGCGCUGCUGGGUGGAUAAGGCCUGCGCACACCGAGGCUUCGCCACGGGCUGCCCUGCUCAAGAGGCUAUCAGGGCCAGCAAGGAUGCCCUCGCGAAUUGUCACACCCUUGUCGCUCUGGUCAGUCAUCCGGGCUACUUCCGGCGUCUCUGGUGCUGCUUCGAGCUCGUGUUCUUCGUCGUCCGUGUGGCUCCGCACUACCGGAACGUCGAGUUCCUUCUACCGGAGUCCAUGCUGGAGCCGGAAGCGCUAGCGGAGUUGGCUCGCGCAGCUGCGAGCGUCACACUACCCGAACUGUUGGCCACAGGGCAAGCGCAGCGCGCGGAGCUCUUGCGAGAGAUGGAAGCCUUGGAGGUCGACGAAGUGGGCUUCCGGAAUUUCCUUCGAUCCACUCUUUUGGCUCUCCUCGGGCUUUCCGUCCUCCUCCGCUGUGCGGAAGGCUGCGCAGCCUUCUCAGGUGGGAGCCUCGACGUGAUAGCCGAGGCAUGUUGGGAGGCGGGCUUGCGCGGGUUGAGCAAAGUCCUCAGCACCGCGACGCCUGGUGUUUGGUGGCGCACGGCGUAUCGCCACGUUCGCCGUCGCGUCGUGAACGAGAGGCAUCACAUGGAUGAUCCGUCUACCCGGAAGGACUCCCUUGAUUCAGAUGAUGACCGGCGUGCCGAGCACGACGUGAGCUCAGGCGAGGAAGAGAGCGAGGCGGAAGAUCCUCUGGAGAUGUUAGCGCAGUACGUGAAUCAGAAGUUUUUUGGGGGAGCCAAGCAUGCCCAUGAGGCGAGGCAUACCUUUGAAGUGGAGCUGGAUGGAAUAGACGAAGAAGGCGAGGAGGAGGAGGAAAAGGAGGACGACCCGGUGGUGGAGGAAGGUGCAGAGGAGCCCGACGAGGUCGUGGAGGCGGAGCAAGAGCCGCUGUGCACUCCUCGAGAAGCCGGGGAGUUUGCAGCGCACUAUUGCAUGGUGAAAGAAGCAGCGCAGCGUCCGCAAGAGUUGGCUUUGGAGUACGUUCGGCGGCUCAGUCGCCAACUGAGCCAAGGCGGCCCGCUACCGACCUUGAUCGAGGCUCUGGAAGAGACGACCGAAGCUGACGCUCCAGAAGUGACCGAGAAGCCUUCAGAAGCCUUCCGUGGAGAGGAAGAGUCCAACGCCUGGAAGUGUGUGCUGGCCCGAAGCGGCCUCGUGGUGGCCCCGGGCUUCGAAGACUUCUGGCAUGGAGCGACGGGCGAACCGCUGGAAGCAGACACGCGGGCGAAUGCAAGAGUCUUCUUCGAGUCGUGGCAACUCUAUCGUCGGCGUGUUUGUAAGUGGUUUGACAGCAAGGUGGUUCCUCAACUCGAGGUGUGGCGGCAACGCGGCGUGAGGACCACCGGCAUUUUCGAGGAGGCUUUUCGGGACGUCCUACUGCAGGUCGGGGGCUCCGUUCAAGACGACCUCCACCGGCAGCUGCUAUCUCCAAAGGAGGAGCCCAAAGAUCCGGCAGAGCAGCGGCCGGCAGUGUGGACGAAUCCGACUGUGGGACGCCUCCUUGUGCUCUCACGGCGGCAGAAGACCUUCCAGAAUCACACCAACCCCCUCAGAGGUGAUGCCGAUUCCGAGGUAACCGACCUAUCUCUGCGACCCGCCAUUCUGAUGAGCACAUUGCCUCUGCGGGUUGCUGAGGAGCCGCGUGUCAGCGUGGUCUGCGCUCGGCCAUUUCGGGGUCCACCUGGCUGGCGUCGGGCCGUAGCCCUGCAGUCCCUCGGGGCGCCAGCCCUAAGCGCAGCCGUCUAUCAGUUGUUGGUGAAUUUCACCUCUGACGGCUUCUUCGUCGCAUUUGAGGAGUCUGCUGGAGAGCAACAGCGAGGCUGCACUCAAGAGGGCGUCGAAGCUGAGGUCCUGGUUCCACGGCUCUUGUUGCAGGUGCGAGGGGCUCUUCACUGUCAGGUGGUGUGUGGUGUGCGAAUGACAGGCCGGCUCGAGGCGCAGCCGGUAGCUGAGAACCCGGGGACCGUUGGAGGUCGCGAGCAGGAAGAGGCGGGAAAAUCCCCGUUUCACGGUCUUCAGCUCCGAGGUUUUGAACCAGGGAAAGGCGAGCGAAGCAAUCCUAUCGGUGCCAGCGCUGCGGCCAGUGGCACCCCCAACUUCAAUCUGGUCUUCCAGCUCCGACCGCCGACAGCGGAAGAAGGAAAAGAGGCAGUCUUGUCCGGCGUCGGAAUUAUCAUUCGUGAUGAUGCCCCAAAAUUAAACAUCUUCCGGGAGGAGACGCCAGAUGGCAUUGCAGACGUCAUCCGAGGGGCAAGUUUGACCUGGGCCACUAGUUGGAGCGGAUGGAUUCCAUUGCCCGAGUUGGCACUGGAGAGAAGGGUCUACAGGCCUUUCUCGAGAUGGAUCAAGCACGGGCCGGAGCAGCUUGGGGUUGACGUCAAAGAAGCGAAGCAACAGUGGCUCAGGAAGAAAAACACUGCCAGUGAUAUUGCAGAAGAAGACGAGCAAUGGGUCCUCCCUCUCCCCAUGCCUUAUGAGAUCUACAUGCUCGGAGCGAACGGCGCCGAGCAUCGGAAGGGCAUGCGUGUGGAAGGGCCGAAGCAGAAGAAGCCAACGGUCACAAGCAUCGGCAGUGGCACCAAGCGCAUUCGGUCCAAAUAUACAGUGAAUCCUGGCUACACGCCAGUGGCCGACUGCUUCUGCGUCCGAUUCUCUCCCGACGACCAGUACCUGGCUGCAUCCUUUGCCAAUGGUGCGAUUCACGUCUACAGUGCAGAGACAGGACGCCAGGAGUUCGUGCUGAAUAGCACUCCGGCGACCACCGAGCUCUCGGCCACGCCUUUGCCCACGACGCAGCUGCGUUGGAGGCCACAUGGCGCUGCUUCGAAGACUCAGAGUGUCCUGAUCUCCGUUAACGCCGAGUUCGACGGCCAGAUCCUGCAGUGGCACAUCAAGUCGGGAAAGUGCCUUCACACAAUCACGGAGAAGGGCAACCAGCUUUUUUGUCUCGACUAUUUCAACGACGGCAGUCAGUUUGCCACGGCUGGUCGGGAUCGACUCGUUCGAGUUUACGACGAGGCGACGAAGAGGCAGGUGAUGACGCUGCAGGGGGGUGACAUGAAGGAGACGGCAGGGCACUCCAAUCGAGUCUUCUCUCUGAAGUACCACCCCGAGGACCCCAAUCUCAUCCUGUCCGGCGGCUGGGACAACACGGUACAGCUGUGGGACACUCGGAAAGGCAUUUCCGUGCGAAGUCUCUGGAACUGCUACAUUUGUGGCGAUUCUGUUGACAUCUCCACAGAUGGCAAGCAGAUCCUUACAGGGUCCUGGCGCACGGAAAACGCCCUGCAACUCUGGGACUUCGGCACCGGGAAGUGCGUGCAGAACGUCGACUGGGAGAGCGCCUCCUCAAAGAAUCCUUGCAUGAUCUUUGCGGCCCAGUUCAGCAAGGAUACGAACAGCAAUAUGAUUCUCGCCGGCGGGUCGCAGGAGAACGAGGCGAAGUUCUUCCUUCGCCAGCCCGGGGCGCAACCGGUACCCUUCGGUGCGCUCGUCGCCAUGCCGAAGCCCGUCUUCACGGUGGAUUGGUCCAAUGCCGGGAAGUACGCGGCAGUGGGAUCUGCUGAUGGUCAAGUCCGAGUGAUGGAGGUCGUUUGA